AUGGUGUUAGCAGAUUUAGGACGCAAGAUAACCUCUGCGUUACAGUCGCUGAGUAAAGCUACUGUAAUUAAUGAAGAGGUUUUAAAUUCUAUGUUAAAAGACAUCUGUGCUGCCUUACUAGAAGCCGAUGUCAACAUUCGUUUAGUCAAAAAAUUAAGAGAGAAUGUACGAUCUGUCAUCGACUUUGAAGAAAUGGCUGGAGGCCUCAACAAGAGACGUAUGAUCCAGUCAGCAGUGUUCAAAGAACUUGUCAAACUUGUAGACCCCGGAGUAAAACCCUUCCAACCUGUUAAAGGCAGACCGAACGUCAUCAUGUUUGUAGGUUUACAAGGUUCAGGUAAAACAACGACAUGUACAAAACUUGCUUACCAUUAUUUAAAAAAGAACUGGAAAUCUUGCCUGGUCUGCGCUGAUACCUUCCGUGCCGGUGCUUACGAUCAGGUUAAACAAAAUUGUACAAAAGCUAGAAUUCCUUUCUACGGUAGCUACACAGAAGUUGAUCCUGUAGUUAUUGCCCAAGAUGGUGUAGAUAUGUUUAAGAAAGAAGGCUUUGAAUUUAUUAUUGUUGAUACCAGUGGUAGACAUAAGCAAGAAGAAUCUUUGUUCGAGGAAAUGUUAGCAGUUUCAAAUGCUAUACGUCCUGAUAAUAUUAUUUUCGUCAUGGACGCUACUAUUGGACAGGCUUGUGAAGGACAAGCAAAGGCUUUUAAAGAAAAAGUAGACAUUGGUUCAGUUAUUAUCACAAAAUUGGACGGUCAUGCUAAAGGUGGAGGUGCCUUAUCAGCUGUAGCAGCCACAAAUAGUCCUAUUAUCUUUAUAGGUACAGGAGAACACAUAGACGACUUAGAACCUUUUAAAACAAAGCCUUUCGUAAGCAAGUUGUUGGGUAUGGGUGAUAUAGAAGGUUUGAUCGAUAAAGUUAAUGAAUUGAAAUUGGAUGAUAAUGAAGAAUUAUUAGAGAAAAUAAAACACGGGCAGUUUACAAUGCGUGAUAUGUAUGAACAGUUUCAGAAUAUUAUGAAAAUGGGACCGUUUUCACAAAUUAUGGGAAUGAUUCCUGGAUUUUCACAAGACUUCAUAUCUAAGGGAAGCGAGCAGGAAUCAAUGGCCCGUCUCAAAAAAUUCAUGACAAUGAUGGACAGUAUGAAUGAUGGUGAGCUGGACAAUCGAGAUGGUGCCAAAUUAUUCACAAAACAAAACGGUCGUGUUGUAAGAGUCGCCCAGGGCUCCGGUGUCACCGAACGAGAAGUAAAAGAACUCAUUACACAAUACACAAAGUUUGCUGCUGUAGUUAAAAAAUUGGGAGGCGUAAAAGGUCUCUUCAAAGGCGGAGAUAUGGCCAAGAAUGUCAACCCCACACAAAUGGCCAAAUUGAAUCAACAAAUGGCCAAAAUGAUGGACCCGAGGGUUCUGCACCAGCUGGGAGGCACGAGCGGGUUACAAAAUAUGAUGAGGCAGCUGCAGCAAGGUGCUGCCGGAGGUCUGGGAGGCUUAGGAAACCUCAUGGGUGGAUUUGGUGGAAAACAAUAGAGAGUAAUGUAAUAUAAUUUGUUAAAUUGAUGUCAUAUGCAAAGGAAAUUAAAUACAUACACAUGAUAAAUACAAUUAAGAAUAUAAUAAGAUUUAAGUCAAGGUUUUUUAUAAAUAACUUCCAAGUAUUUAUUAUUUGUGUGUGAUCAAAAUUAUGGAAAAAUCUUACUUUGCAAAUAUUAUAUAAGAGUUGUAAUUUACUUUGUUCAAUAAAAGUUUUAUA